AUGAAUGACAUUGGGAAGCUUAAACUCCUUAGCUACAACUCCACAGAAGUACAUGAACUCAUCGUAGAUGAUACAAGCGAUAUCAUUGCCAUGUUGCAACAACAGCUGACCUAUACAGUCCUUGAAGCUUGCCUCACUUGUUUUAUUGAGGAGGAAAAGGGCAAAGGACACAUGGCGUGCAUGGAGUUGAUGAUUAAGCUAGAACAAAGGCGAGGCGUGGUCCAGAUUUCAUCUUACGACAUUCUUGUUCGCUCCCUAUUUAUCGAGAGACGACGAAGUCCCCUCAGAGUUGCAUUAAGAAGAAGAAAAAAGAGAGAGAUCGAGAUAAUGUCGUGGCAAACUUACGUUGAUGAGCAUUUGAUGUGCGAUGUCGGCGAUGGCCAAGGCCACCACCUGACCGCCGCCGCAAUCAUCGGCCAUGACGGUAGCGUUUGGGCUCAGAGCGCUAAUUUUCCUCAGUUCAAGCCUCAAGAGAUCACAGGCAUCAUGAAGGAUUUCGAUGAGCCAGGUCACCUAGCUCCCACAGGCUUGUUCCUCGCAGGGCUAAAGUAUAUGGUCAUCCAAGGCGAGCCUGGUGCAGUCAUCCGUGGCAAGAAGGGAGCUGGAGGAAUCACGAUCAAGAAAACAGGACAAUCAAUGGUGUUUGGUCUGUACGAAGAGCCAGUGACUCCAGGACAAUGCAACAUGGUCGUCGAAAGGUUGGGUGAUUACUUGGUCGAACAGGGCCUAUAG